AUGCAGGCGUCCAUUGCCCUCCUUUUUUUUUACAGGAUGGAGAAGAUCAUCUUCAGACUCCUCAUCAUCACAAGUUCAUGCAGUUUUUCUGCAAAACAUGUCUUCAUCAAAGACAAACUCCCCUGGCUGGAGGCUCGUGACUACUGUCGGGAGCAUCAUGUGGACCUGUCUUCCAUCGGCACUCACCUGGAGGAGAAGGUGUUCAUGGAGUCUGUGGAUCUGAACAAGACUGGAUGGCUCGGUCUCUACUGGGACUCUGAAACGAGUAAAUGGAGAUGGUCAGGAGGAGCGGACUACAUGUACCAGGACAUGCUAAAUGGUUAUCUUAAGAAGAAUUACCAUCUUGUUUGGAGUCCCAAUGGACUCUUAGGUUUGAUCGACUACAGUCUGCGUGGCUUCUUCUGCCUGAACCUGGCGGUGGUGCCGGAGGAGAAGACCUGGGAGGAGGCUCUGGACCACUGCCGGGGGGCCGGCAACGACCUCGCCAGCCUGCUGUCCGAGAGCGAGAGCGUCCUGGUCCAGACCCAGAUCCAGCACAGCGGGGUCAGCGGGCCGGUCUGGACGGGCCUGCGGUUCCUGGGGGACCGCUGGAUGUGGGUGAACGGGGAUCCGCUGGAGUACGAGGCCUGGACCAGAACCGGGGACCAGGAGGACCAGGAGGACCAGGAGGACCGGUGUCCGUUAUGGAGACGCUGCGGAGCUUUGACCCCCGAGGGAACGUGGGAGGACCGAGACUGUGGAGAGAAACUCAGGUUCAUCUGUGGCUGAGUGAGACGACCCUCAGUUACCCCCACUUUCCCUCAGUUACCCCCAUUUCCCCCUCAGUUACCCCCAUUUCCCUCCAAUUAGCCCAGGGGUCGGCAACCCAAAAUGUUGAAAGAGCCAUAUUGGACCAAAAACACAAAAAACAAACAUGCCUGGAGCCGCAAAAAAUUAAAAGUCUUGUAUAAGCCUUAGAAUGAAGGCAAAUGGCGAAAGUCGAAAUGUCGAGAAAAAAGUCAAAAUUUUGAGAAAAAAGUCGAAAUACCGAAAAAAAAGUCGAAAUGUUGAGAAAAAAGUCAAUAUAUCGAGAAAAAAGUCGAAAUGUCGAGGAAAUAGUCAAAAUAUCGAGAAAAAAGUCAAAAUACCGAGAAAAAAGUCGAAAUGUUGAGAAAAAAGUCGAAAUGUCGAGGAAAUAGUCGAAAUGUGGAGAAAAAAGUCGAAAUGUGGAGAUUAAUGUUGAAGUACAUUCGAGAAAAAAGUCGAAAUG